UUACUUGUUAUUUAGAGAAUUAUUGUAGUUUUUCAUCAGUACCAUCUUUGUCACUCUGUAACUAGCCAGGCGUGGCUGGGUGGGUAACGUUAGCUAGCUAGCUAGCUGGCUAACUGCAGCUAAUCACAGCGACUCAUAAUUUUCAGCACCGGUGUGAAAAGAUGGACCCAGGUGUCUUCACGGCCGUUUCCAAAGGGGACCCCUUACCUUUGGCAUCGCUGCGCCUCCUGGUCCCACCUCUCCAGCUUAUGGCAGCCUCCAUGUGGCAGGUUCUGAAGAAACAAGACAUCAUGAACUACUGGAAAGUGGCAGAGUUUGUCUCUUUGGUGAUGGACAUGGUCCCUGAGCUGCUAAUGUACAAGCACAGGACACACCUUAACCUGGGAUUAAGAGCCAGGUACAUUCUUGAGUUGUGCCGAAGUGAACAGCCUGUGGAACCAGACUUCAUCUUGUCUCAUCUGGAAAACAUUAAACCGCGACACCCCACCCUGGUAGAUAUGAAAGAAUCAGAAGAUGAAAUAGCGGUGAACUUUCUUGAGUUGAUCCAGACUCUGCUCAAAGAUCCUGAAGUGAGACAAGACUUUUUUUUGGAGGUCUUCCCUGCUGAGUAUGGACCUCAGUAUGACAGUGAUUUGCAGACGCUGUUUUCUGAGUUCUUCUUUCGGCUGGCUCAGCUGUUGCCAGUUCCUGACCUUGAGCAGACUGUUUCCUGGCUUGGGGCCGAAUGCUCUGUUUUAGAGGAUUGUGUGCAUUCAGUCUCUGAGCCUUCAGACCUGAAAUAUUUGCUCCAGCACCACAAACAGCUCGGGCAUUUAGAGCAACAUGUUCCACCUUCUAGUAUGGGCGACAGCAUCCUCUCCUCACUUUCUGCUGUUCCCCCUAGCAGAGUGGCAAAAUCUACAGAACACCCCGACCAAUCAGAUCCAAUGCAAGGCCUCAGUGACGAAACACACACUGUAUCAUUCGUAGAUGACGUAGCAGUUGAAAUAAUCACAGUGACAGAUUACGCAGAGGUAGAAUUGGGUGCAAGCACCGACAUCGAGGUGGUGACGGGAGAGAUUUGCUUUGAGGGGACAGACGCAGUGGCUGAGGACUCGCUGGUAGUGCUUCCUGAUGAGACAACCACGGAAGAAGAAGUAGGUGGAGCAGGGGAAGAAGCAACCCGAGAAGAAGCUGCAAGUUGUUUGCCAAACAUCGACCUUCCAGAAGUUAACAAAGACGACUUGGCGUCCACCGGACAAAAGAUGUCUGUGGGACCUCAUGACUGCCCAGACUGCGAGAAGAAAUUUAAGUUUGCCUCUUCGCUAAUCGCCCACAGGGUCAUCCACACUGGCGAACGCCCCCACCGGUGCAAUGACUGUGGUCGCUGCUUCUCUUUCAGGCAGUCCCUCGACAGGCACAGACACACGCACAAAACUGGCCGCAAGUACGACUGCGUAAUCUGCGGGGAGACCUUCCACUCCUUGUCAGCCCGCACAGAGCACAAGCAAACGCACGUGGAAGACGGUGUUUACGUGUGUCAUCAGUGCAACAAGAAAUUUAACUGGGAGCAGGCGCUUGCAAGACACGUGAAAACUCACACAAACAAUCCCACAGACAGCCACAAGGAUUGGCAAGAGGUUGUCAUAGGUGAUGAAAACGUCAGCGAGGCCCCUGUUGCCCUUGCUGAACCCGACAGCCAGGUGCAGGCAAAUGACAGUGGUGGCCACGAUCCAGAGAAUGCAGAGGUUCCGAGCAGCGGGCGUCCUACCUCUGAGCCUGAAGCCCCUGAACUUCACAAUGAAGACAUUUCCCUGGUGAAGGUCCGCACCAGUGGACGCAAACGCAAACCCACCAUGAAGAUCCAGGUGAUAAAUUUACAGAAGCGCAUGACCACUAAAAGAAGGAAGGAGGUCACGGAGACGAACCCUCCAGAGCUGAAGCCUUUUCCUUAUAAUUGCAGUGCAGAGCACUCUUAUGGAUCCUCCACGGUCUCAUCAAAGGACAUCAAUGAGAGUUCUGGAGCAGAUGGCUCGUCAGCUGCUUUCUCCUGUCCUAAGUGUUCCUUCCACCACCCAGAAGAAGCACAGGUCCAGCAGCACAUUGACAAGGUUCACUCUGUUAAGACUGAGGAUGCUAAGCUGUCCCUUCAGCCCCUCACAGAUGAAGAGGGACGUUUUAGUUGUCCCGACUGUGAGAAGACAUUCAAGUUCCUGUCCUUACUAACAGCCCACCAGCGCAUCCACACAGGCGAGCAGCCCUUCCUGUGUUCUCAGUGCGGACGGCGGUUCUCCUUCAAACAGUCACUGGAGAGGCACAAGCAGACGCACAAGUCCGGGCGCAAGUACGAGUGCCUGAUCUGCGGGGAGUUCUUCAAGUCCCUGGUGGCUCAGAGGGAGCACAAGAGCACCCACAUGGAGAACGGCGAGUACCUGUGUUCAGAGUGUGGCCGGGCGUUUGCCUGGAAGUCGGCGCUGGUGAGACACCUGAAGACCCACAGUGAGGAUGCUGACAAGGUGGAGCGUUCUUACAAAUGCCCUCGCUGUGACCUGGGCUUCAGCUGUGCCAGCUACCUCCACAGGCACCUCCAGACUCACCAAGAAGAAAGAGUGCACACCUGCAACUGUGGAAAGAGCUUCGCCUACCGGGCAGCUCUCACUGCACAUCAGCGCAUCCAUCAAAAGGAGCGGCCGCACAUAUGCACACAGUGCGGCAAGGGAUUCCUCUACAAGGGGGGUUUGCUGAGCCACAUGAAGAUCCACUCCGAGGAAAUGCCCUUCAUGUGCUCCUUCUGUGGUAAGAGCUUCAAGAGGGAACGCAACAUGAAGAAACACGAGCGCUGCCACACCAGGGAAAACGUGUUCAGCUGCUCGCAGUGCGACAAGAGUUUUGUCUAUAAGGCCACUUUGAUCAGACACGAGCUGACUCAUUCAGGCGAGAGGCCGUACCUCUGCUCCGACUGCGGGAAGGGCUUCUUUUCCCACGCCGAGCUUCUGAAGCACGAGCGUUUCCACACGGGCCACAAACCCUUCCAGUGCCCCCAGUGCGGCAAGAAAUUCACUCAGUCCUGCUACCUGACCAUCCACCUGCGCUACCACACCGGAGUCCGGCCGUACUCCUGCCCCGACUGCGACAAGAGCUUCCUCAGUGCCAACCGCCUGAAGAGACACCAGCGAACACAUUCUGGGGAAAAACCAUACUUGUGUGUCGAAUGUGGGAAGGGAUUCAGACAGUCAUAUAAUCUCAAAAUGCAUCAACGAACCCACAUCAUGAAGUUAACAUAGUCUGUUAAGACUUGAAUUUAUGGAUCUGGAGAUUAAUAUUUUGCUAAUAUUGAGUUUACAGAUUAGUUUAGACUGGGACAAAAGCUUCUGUAGAUGGACUGACAUUUCUAUGCAAUUGUAGUCAAGUGCAUCUAGUUUAAAACGUGUUCUAGCCUGAAGAGGUUCAUGUUUACUGUCCCAUUAUACUGAAUGCAUUCGAUUUCCAGGUUGUGAUCUGAUUAAAGCACACUGAGCCGA